AAAAUGGACAAUGAUUUUCUGGAAUCUGGUGCAGCUCUAUCAGAAGAAAGAAUGAGCAGGACUAUUUCUUACGAUAUAGAGGAGAGUGAUAAUACUAGGAAGCGCUCUGAAAAAGAUAACUCAACUCAGUGUGUGGUUGUUUUGAAAGGCUUGCCUUUUUCAGUGACAGAUAAUGAGAUUGUCGAUUUUCUUUCGCCCGAUGUGGACGUGAAGGCGUCUCAGAUCGAGAAAUUAUUUCAGAGGGGAAAAUUUACUGGAGACUGUCUCGUUAGUCUUCGAAAUGAGAAAGAGGUGGAUGAAGCAAUAAAGAAACAUCGCAAACAUAUCGGCUCUCGAUACGUUGAAGUGUUUCGCAGUACGGGCGCCGAGAGAGACCGAGUUGCGGGUGGUGGAGGGGACAGGGUUUCGGCGGCUUCCGGUAGGAUGUCGGGAGGCGGCAGACAAUCCAGCGGAGGAGGAGGAGGAGGGGGCGGCAGGUCUUCAACCCAAAACAACUUCGUGCAGCUAAGGGGACUUCCAUUUAUGGUCAAAGAAGCGGAGCUUAAAGCGUUUCUUUCAGGUUGUGAUGUGUUGCAAGACGGUAUUCUGUUCGGUCCGCCUACGAGUGAGGGAUCUCGCAGGGGAUCCACAUGCAACGGGGACGCAUUCGUGGAAUUAGCCACUGAGGAAGACGUGCAAAAUGCUCUGAAGAAACACAGAAAGAACAUUGGAUCCAGGUAUAUAGAGGUGUUUCGCUGCUCGUUCAACGAAGUGGAAAGAUACAUGGAAAGACAUUCAGGUCGAAGCGAGAGACGGAGAUCGCGCAGCCGAGACAGAGAGCCAUAUCCAUCUCAUAGAUCGAGCCAUAAUGUGCCACCGAGACGACGAAGCCCUCCGCCAAUUAUGUUGGCUCGACGCUAUGAGACUGAUAUACCUCGCAUUCCCGAAUACUACCCACCUGAGCCUGAGUUGAGACCGCCAGCGAGGAUGGUUCCGCUAGAGUACAAUGGAGGCUAUGCUCCUUUGGUUCCAGACUCGUCUGCUCGACUGUCAGAGUUGGACAGGCUGGAGCGGCUAAAUGCUGCUCGUGCAAUCGAGUUGGAGAUGAGAAUGGCACACUCCUUGCCACCGCCUGUGUCAGUCCCUCCUCCAAUCUCAGGAGGGGAGUCAUAUGCUGUGGAGAUGGAAGGUUUCCCAUAUGACUGCUCUCGCGAUGAGCUGAUGGAUUUUCUGAGUCCUGCCAGGCCCAGUUACGUAGAAUUUGUCAAAGAUUCAUCUGGAAAAGUUCAAGAAGCCUUCGCAGAGUUCAUGUCACUGCAAGAUUUAGAAGUAGCACUUUCGAAGCAUAGAAAAGUCAUCCGAAGUAGAUGGAUCGCCGUGCGUGAACGUAGAAACGAGAGAGGUGUGCGAGGAGAGAGGAGAGCAGAUCCCCCUAGAAGGGAUAGAUCCCGCUCACCUGUGAGGAGGGAGAGAAGUCCAUAUCGCGAUAGCAGGGACAGAGGAUCUGAUGGCAAAAAUCUGGUCAAACUGCUGGGACUCCCGUACGAAUGCGACGAGCGAGAUAUUGAAGACUUUUUCUCCAAAAUUGGACGACCCUUAACUGUCAAUCUUCGCCGGGACCCGAAUGGGAAAAGCCGAGACGCAAUUGUGGAAUUUGCCACUCGUGAUCAGAUGAAUGACGCUGAGAAAAUGAAUCGCCAAUACAUAAAACAUCGAUAUGUUGAGAUCAAGAGACUUUAAAGAAGACAAGAGGAUAUAUACAAACAGUUCUACUUAAUGUAUCCAUCUUUUGAUUGGCAGCUUGUUUCAUAUAUAUUUUUUGGCUGUUGUGUUGAUGUGAUUAUUUAAUCUUGGAUGUUUUUAAAGAAUAAAGUUUCCUAGAAUCUGAA